GACAACACAGACGCUACAUUGACCAGAGGAAGCGGAAAAGACGAACCCCACGAGAAGACGUGCUUUUCAUUGAAAAAGAACAGUCAGUUCCUUCUUUUUCUCUGCUCUCUUUUUCGAGAGGAGGGGGCGUCUCGUUUUUUUUCUCUCUCGACCUCCUCCAAAUUCGUCGUCCUUUUCCGUCCGACGACGCCAGCUGUGUGCAGCUGGCAGAAGGCACCCGCCCUGCUCGGCAACAAGCGGGGGGAGGAGAAAGACGAUCAUGGCAACCCAGCAAGCUUCGUCGCAGGUGAGGCAGCACAUGGCUAAAUUCGUCCGGAGCUUCCCGGGGGUCGUCCGGCUGCUCCAGAUCGUCCUGGGCGCCGGCCUGUGGGUCACCAUCGCCGCCAACAAGUACGAGGGCUCCAUCCACUUUGUGCUCUUCGUGGCGGUGCUCUUCUGGCUGCUGUGCCUGGGCCUCUUCUUCGUCACGUUGCUGGACAAGCAGGAUGCCGUGCCGGUGGUGGGCGGCCCCCGCUGGCUGAGCGCCAACCUGGCGCACGACGUGGCAGCCGCCGCGCUGUACCUGCCCGCGGUGGGAGUGAUGGCGUACAAGACGGAGCGUAAUUCAUACUGCACGCUGGAGCUGUACCAGCACCCCUGCCUCUACAAGGUUUACCUGACGGCCGCCGUCUUCGCCUGCCUCUGUUGCCUGGCCUUCCUUCUCUCGAUGGUCUACGGUGCUUGCCGCAAAAGUCGAGGCGAACAGACACUCAUAUGAAUGGAGCUCCCCUCGCCCCCCAACUCAUUGACUACCAUUGACGGCGAUAGACGUCCAGUCCAUUUGAAAUAGGAGCGUUCAUUCACUGCCACCCUCCCACUUCAAAUGGAUUGGACGUCUACUAGUGAUAAACUCAAUUCACAGCAACAGAGUGCAAGUGCAGAGCAAGUGACUCUGAUUGGACGCCUUUCACCGUCAUUGGCAGUCAAUGAAUUAAUCAAACCACAGCAAGAUGAGGAAGAGUUAACAUCACUGUAUUUCUUGGAAUCUGUCACAUUCGAGGGUUGGGGAACCCCCUGAGAGCACAUAAAGCGGUGCCUUGAUUUUGCAAGUUUCAUUCUGAACUCCUUUUACUCGUACGUCAAGUUGGUUCAUUUGGAAAGAAACGCUCAUUCGGUGCUAGCCAUUAACGGCACUAGAUCUCCAAUUCGUUUUUAUUUGAAUUAAAUAGGCGUAUAUCAAGUUAUGUUGAAAUUCCUUCUUUGACCUAUGACCUUGCUACCACAAAAUGGAAUUACCUCGUCUGUGUUAUAUUGCAUCAUAUCCAUCAAGUUUGAUAAUAAUUCCUUUAUUCAUUCUUGAGUCAUCUUGAACAUAGACAUACGGAACCGACAUCAUGAGCGCCUUCCGUAGGUUUCACCUACAAGCGAUGUGACUAUGCAGCACAUCUGAAUCAAUAUAUUUAUUGGGUUAACCAAUCAAAUCGAUGGAAAUGCAAAAACUCACCAAUAUUGUCAUCUUUUAGAAAUACUGUUUCGUUUUGUUAAAAAAUAAAUUAGUUUUAUUAAAAACAACAAAAAAAGGUGACCUAUUGUUACUCAGAAAACUUAAGAUUUUGGGGCGCUUUGAGGUACCACUUGGUUUUAUAGUUGAGGUACAACUUUAUUUUACAUUAAAAAAAGAAAAACUCAUGCAUUACAGUGAAUCCCCCACCCCAAAAAAUUCUUAAAUUUCUUUAAAAGUUUAGUUUUUGGGAAGAAAACCCCCUUAGUGGUUCGAUACCAACAGUUCUUAAAAAGGAAAAAAAAAAAAAAUUGGUACUCUAUAGAAGUCACUGAUUCGCAGGGUUCACCUGUAGUACCCCCCAAGAAAACCUUGCAAAAUUUAUAGGUUAAUUACUGUUAAAAUAUUACAAUAAAUGUCUAAAUUGUUUUGAUUAUGUUGUAACAUUCUUAUGGGCAAUACCGAUGUGCUAGCAAAAAAAUUGUAUUUUUUUGCGCAGUUUGUCUGUGCAGAUUCUCAGCUAUGUAGGUUGUAAAAAAUCAACAAAAAUUGAAUCGAGGCAACUGUACUUUUAUUGUUUUCCCAAAACAUGCCAAAACAACCUGGACAAUUACUAUUAUUAGGCGAAUGCCAAACAGUGGAACGGCAAUUCAUUGUCUUGCCUUUCACUAGCACUAGCAUAGCUAGCUAAGCAAUGGUUGCCAAUGAUGGCAUAGUCUUAAAUCUUAGCUCACAAAUUGUUUUUUUUUUUUUUUUUUUUUUAACUGCCUCUCUGUUUUUGAUGGUGCUUUUAUAUUCACGUGUUGACUGUUUUCAGGAUUUCACCAAAGGAAACUAACUUUUUUUCUACUAUGAGGGUCCUCGGUUCAGUUCUACAUUCCUCAAACAUGCUAGCUUCAUGAAAGACACUAAAAUCACACAGAAAAUGGACAAAAGGAGGAGCUUCUGUACUUUAUUUUUUAAACUACGAAGUCACUGAAAUAGCGAAAUUUUGUUACACUAAGAGUUUUUAUCCAUUUCUUUUAUAUAAAUAUAUAUUCUACGUUCACACAUUUUUCUAUACUUGCAACAAAAGAUGUGUCAGCAUGACUUUUUAAACAGUUUAUCAGUGCCUUCUGUCAUGUUUUAUAGGCUACCCUAUAAAGCGAAAGGUACGGAUGGGAUUGUUGCUAUCAAAAGUGUGCUAUUGUCACGCCAAAAUCUAAAAUAAAGAGCAUUAAUAGUAUAUUUUGUUGUUUUGUUUCCAAAUAGUCAAGUUUAAAGGGUGACAGUUUAGUAGUUUGCUCCCAAAUGAAACCCAGAUUUUGUCGCCACUAGCAACUUCCUGUUGGGAGAUGAAAAGCCCAUCAGCAGGGAUUAUUUAGGCGCUGUGGCCACAUGAAAGGACGGCACAACUGUCUCAGAGAUGAUAGCAAGUGUGUGUGUGUGUGUGUG